AGAAUUGGUUUGUAGACAAUACAGGUCCCAAAAACUUCACAGUUGAUUUUGUUUGUUAAAAACACCAGCCGCCCAGAAUAGCCACCCAAAUAUCACUUUCACACUCUCUUUCUAGAAAGUAAAAAUUAAAAUAAACAAACUUUCAGAACCAAAACCACUCUUCUCCAUUCACACACUCACAGUAUUAGAUUCUGCCAUAAAAACAAGAUUUAUCACAGUAACAUGAUCAACAUCAAGGAAAACAACACAAACAUGAAACAAAUACAACCCAGCCUUUCCUCACUAUUUCAUUCCAAUCACUCUUCUUACCUUUUGAGUAGUUAUUAUCAUAUAGUGUUAGCCUAGGGACCAACCUAAACUGUUGAAUAGGGUAUACUCUACUCACUUCUCUUCAUUGAGACGACACACAGUAACAAGAACAGAAGAAUCAUGUCUCUUGAAGAGUCUCUAAGAUCUCUCUCCCUUGACUACCUGAACCUCCUGAUUAACGGGCAAGCCUUCAGCGACGUGACUUUCCAAGUGGAAGGUCGUCUGGUUCACGCUCAUCGCUGCAUCUUAGCAGCAAGGAGUCUCUUUUUCAGGAAAUUCUUUUGUGGACCCGAUCCACCCUCCGGACUAGACCCAAUAGGAGGAGGAUCAUCUCGACAAUCAACAGCAAGACCCGGUGUCAUCCCGGUGAACUCUGUUGGAUAUGAGGUGUUCCUCCUGCUGUUGCAGUUUCUGUACAGUGGACAAGUUUCUAUUGUUCCUCACAAACAUGAACCUAGACCUAAUUGCGGUGAGAGAGGUUGCUGGCAUACGCAUUGUAGCUCAGCCGUCGAUCUUGCCCUUGACACCCUCGCUGCUGCUAGAUACUUCGGAAUUGAACAGCUUGCAUUGCUCACUCAGAAGCAACUAGCGAGCAUGGUAGAGAAAGCCUCAAUAGACGAUGUGAUGAAAGUACUAAUAGCUUCAAGAAAGCAAGAACUGAACCAACUUUGGACAACUUGUUCCCACCUUGUUGCCAAGUCAGGUCUCCCACCCGAAAUCCUAGCCAAGCAUCUUCCUAUCGACGUAGUGGCCAAAAUCGAAGAGCUUCGUCUCAAAUCAUCCUUGGCGCGUCGCUCCUUAAUGCCACUCCACCAUCAUCACCACCACGACCUAGGUGAUCUAGAGGACCAGAAAAUCCGCCGAAUGAGGCGGGCUCUUGACUCCUCGGAUGUCGAACUGGUCAAACUCAUGGUCAUGGGAGAAGGCCUAAACCUGGAUGAAGCAUUGGCAUUACACUAUGCAGUAGAGAAUUGCAGCAGAGAAGUGGUGAAAGCCUUGCUCGAACUCAGUGCUGCUGAUGUUGACUACCCAGCUGGACCGGCUGGCAAAACUCCGCUUCACGUGGCCGCCGAGAUGGUGUCUCCGGAAAUGGUGGCAGUUUUGCUUGAUCACCAUGCAGACCCCACAGUAAGAACCGUUGAUGGUGUGACACCUUUAGAUAUACUCAGAACCCUAACUUCUGAUUUUCUCUUCAAAGGUGCUGUUCCUGGAUUAAUCCACAUUGAACCAAACAAGUUAAGACUGUGUUUGGAACUUGUUCAAUCAGCAGCUCUUGUUCUCUCACGUGAAGAGAACAAUGCUAACAACAACAAUAAUGCUUCUUCAUCAGCAGCACAGGUUUACCCUCCAAUGAGUGAAGAUCAUAGCAGCAGCAGUAGUGGAAACAACAAUAAUAACAACAUUGGUAACCUGAAUUUGGAUUCAAGAUUGGUGUACCUGAACCUUGGUGCUACUCAAAUGGGUGGUGGUGGUGGUGAUGAUAGUGGACACAAUAGUCAAAGGGAAACCAUGAAUCGUCAUGGAUCUCAAGCUGGUCAUGGAUGUGACCCAACAAUGUACCAUCACUCUCACGAUUUCUAAGCCUAGCUAGCUACCUAUAGCCUAAGAGUGGCUCAAAAUGUUCUAAUGUAUACAGUUACUAUUUUUAAUUAUCACUAGUAUUGAUUAUGGAAAAUGGACAAGAAGAUGGUUCAUGGAUGGAAAAUGGACAAGAAAGAAGGACAUGGAUCGAUAUGGACAUCAACACUGUUGGACAUGGAUGGAUGAGACAUAAAAUUCAAAUUUUUUGUUUGUUUGUUUGUUACUUGAAAUUAACAGUAAUGUUAAUUGAUUAAACUGUUGGUUUUUUGGCUGUCUUGUCUACGUUGUUUUUUAAUUUAUUUUGUACUAGUAGUAGUUCUUUUUCUGUCAUCAUUUGAAAUGUGGCUUGAUAAUCAUAGGAUAAGAGACAAGGAGAAUCAAAUAUUUUUGGUUGUAAAAUGAAAGGGUGCAUAGAGGAGACGCAGGUCAAUCUUUUCAAACACAAUUUCACCUGUCAA